AUGACUUGGAUCGUGGUCUUGGCUCUGUUUCUGGUGGGCACGUGGAUGAGCCUGGUGUUCUUCGUGUACGUGUUGAUGCUGUCGUGCGGGGGGCUCUGGGCGGCGGCGGAGGAGGCGGCGGCGGCGGAGGGGAAGGAGAGAGGUUUGACGGAGGAGGAGCUGGAGAAGCUGGAGGAGGGGAAGGUGGGGGCGGGGGGUGCGGCGGAGUGCGCGGUGUGCCUGGAGGAGAUCGUGGAAGGGCAGGUGGCGCGGGUGCUGCCGGGGUGCCGCCACGCCUUCCACCGCCCCUGCGCCGACGCAUGGCUCCAAGCCCAUCCGGCCUGCCCCCUCUGUAGAGCUCGCCUCCUCCCCACUCCCUCUCAACCCCAACUCCAAGUCGCUUCUCCUCCUACUCCUCCUCCUUGA